AUUCACGGUUUUGUUUAUUUCUCAUACGUGCCUUAUUUAGCUCUCAUUUGGUUUAUUAGACAACUUUCAACGUUCCAGUUUGUGGUUUAAAAAAAAAAUAAAAGUGAAUGUAAAUGUAAAUAAAUGGAGAUUUAACACGCAUCACACUCUUACGCGACAUCACAAUGGGUAUCACUGGUUUGAUACCAUUUUUAGAGAAGGCAUCUUCGAAAGUGCACCUGAAGGAUAUACGCGGCAGCACUGUGGCUGUGGAUACCUACUGCUGGUUGCACAAAGGAGCUUUUGGCUGUGCUGAGAAGUUGGCGCGUGGCGAGGACACCGAUCAAUAUAUGCAGUAUUGCAUGCGUUAUGUUGAUUUGUUGCUGAGUUACGACAUAAAACCGAUUCUAGUGUUUGAUGGCCGCCACCUGCCCGCAAAAGAACUUACUGAACGACGGCGGCGCGACAGCCGUAAGAAUUCGCGCAAACUGGCCGCAGAGCUGUUGCGUAAGGGAGAUAAGGAAGGAGCUCGUUCGCAUAUGCGACGCUGCGUAGAUGUUACACAUGAAAUGGCGUUGCGUGUGAUACGCGAGUGUCGGCUGCGAAAUGUUGAUUGCAUUGUGGCGCCCUAUGAAGCGGAUGCACAAAUGGCCUGGCUAAAUAAGAUCGAUGUGGCACAAUAUGUUAUAACCGAAGAUUCCGAUCUGACAUUAUUUGGUGCAAGUAGAAUAAUAUUCAAAUUGGAUUUGACUGGUGCUGGGUUGUUGGUAGAAGCAGAUAAAUUUUAUCUGGCAAUGGGUUGCAGUAAAGAGCGAUACAAUUUUGAGAAGUUUAGACGCAUGUGCAUACUAUCUGGUUGUGAUUAUUUGGACUCACUUCCUGGAAUUGGAUUGGCAAAAGCAUGUAAAUUUAUACUCAAGACCGAACAAGACGAUUUGUGGAAGGCGCUGAAGAAAAUACCAACAUAUUUGAAUAUGAAAAACUUGCAGGUGGAUGAUGAAUAUAUUGAGCAAUUCCUUAGAGCAGAUGCGACCUUUAAGCAUAUGUAUAUUUAUAAUCCUAUUGCGCGGCGUAUGGAACGUUUAUAUGAGCUAAGCGAUUUCGAAACAGAUGAACGCUAUUGUUGUAACGCUGGCGUACCGAUCGAGGAAGAUGAGCGGGCUUUGCAUCUCGCAUUGGGAAACUUAAAUCCAUUUACAUUCAAACAAUUAGACAACUGGCAUCCGGAUAGAAAUUUCGGACAUGCACAGGCAACUAAUAAAAAAAUUAAACGUGCCAAGCAUAAAAGUAUUUGGCAAGGAAAUUAUCAGCCAAAAACCGCCGCAUCCAUUGAUGUAGACAAAGAUGACAAAUGUGCUUUGCAUUUUAGAAAAGUAGAUUUCAUCAGUAAAACUAUUGAUGAAGAAAUAACAGAAAAUGCGCGUGCGGAACAUGCAAAACCUGAAGAAGCAGAAAUUUUCUCAAUGUACCAGGACAAGGCUGGUAAGCUUAUAGCGCCAAGUAGUAAGCGUCGGCGCCAGAGUAGUGAAAGCAAUGACGAUGGUUCGGAUAAUAGUAAUGAGCCAGAAGCAAUACAGAGCCCGCUUGCAAAAGUAGUGCACAAUACUCAUAAUCCUUUUGCGAGACCACAACUAAUGGCUGCAUCGAGAGCCAGUAGGUCAGGAACGAUUUGCGAAAAUCCGUCUUUAUUGAAAGUAUUAAGUCCCAAGAAAGUACGUGAUGCAGCUAAUACAGAAAGUAUACAUCUAAAAAGUCCAAAGAGUCCGCUUGCUAGACGGCUGGAAAGAGUAACAGUAAAAAGUCGUUUUUUUGCUAAUAACAUUAAUGAAGUUAAUACAACUAAGAAGAGCGUUAGUAGAGAUUUGUCUGCUGAAAUUAAUUCAAUCGAAAAACAAUCACGAGAGCAAGAACAAACGCGCGCGUUGCUUUAUGACUCGCCAUCACCCAAGAAAAACUGGAAAGUUGGUGUGGAAACUAACACUGCCAUAGACAAUGAUUUUACUCUAGAAACCAACAUUAGUGAUCGAAAGGAAUUAGAUAGUGUUGAGUUGAGUGACGAAAAUACAAGUGUUUCGAAAUUGGAUACCAGUUUUAUGGAAGACAGUGAAAGCAAGGACAGCUUGAAGAGUACAAUAACGCUAUCCGAUGAAGAAGAUGAUGGUGUCUAUAAUAAGACCAGUCAAAAGAUAACACCAACGUUAAAAUCAUCAAUCUAUUCGUUUAAGUCACAAGAGAAACAACGUUUGGGUCUUUCAAAAACUAGACCCAAAUUAACAUCGAAAUCACAAAAGACAAGUGGCAAAUCCAACACAAAGUCGACAAAUGCAACAACUGCUUUACUGCAGAAUCAAACGCGCUUAACAAUGUUUGGUUUCAAAAAGCGACCCACAUUAAAAUAGUAUCUGUGUUUACCUGUUAUUAGUGUAUUAGUGCUACCGUUCAAUUUUUUUAGUAUAAUUUUGAUUUGUUAUCAAGUUUUCACUUGCCGUUUUCUACACAAAGCUAAGCUAAGUCAAUAUAAGGAUGAUUAAAGUAUAAGCAAUUAUUUGUAUUUGAGUGGUGUGAUAUUCAACCACACAAUUUAGUUAAACGAAUAAAUAAAGUCCAAAUGAGAACUGAAACUA